AUAUCUUAUCAGCAGCAUUUAAACCAACAAUACUCAGGGACAACAAAGCAAAGCAAAGCAUCACAAAACAAACACUCAGUACUUCAAUUACUUCGAAAUGGAUAACGACCUCAAAUAUCUCCUCUCUCUCCAAGCAGUCCGAGACCAAGCGUCCAAGGUCUUUGAAUCAGCAAAGCAAGGGAACCUGAAGCACUUCGAUUAUGACGAAGGCCGGAUGGGAGCGGUCGCUGAUUACGUAUCUAAAGUCAUCGAUCGCGAUUUCGGCCCUGACAAGUACGACGCCAUCCCCCCUCACGGCCGCUGGCAACAUUUUGAGGUUGGUGACGUCGCACGCAUCGAUGCCCUCGUGAAGAGAUGGUCCAGUGAAGGUGGCGUUGACAAAACCGAGAUCACUCGACGCUUGGUAGAUUUGUUCUUUGUGUCGGUCCUUCUUGAUGCCGGAGCAGGCGAUGUCUGGCGGUUCAAAGAGCCUGAGACUGGACAGGUCGUUGUUCGGAGUGAGGGUAUCGCUGUGGCUUCGCUCCACAUGUUUACCGCUGGGUCUUUCAGCUCUGACAGUUCUCUCAAGGAGAAGGUCGAUGCGAAGGGCUUGGUUGAGCUGCAAGACAGCAGCUUUGAACAGCACUUCCAGGUGUCUUCUGAGAAUCCCAUGGUUGGAGUGUCAUCGCGAGUGAAGCUACUUCAAGCCGUUGGCUCCAACCUGUUGAAGCACUUUGAAGUGUUCGGCGACCUCGGCCGUCCUGGAAACCUUGUUGACUACCUCACAUCAAAGGCCUCUGGAUCCAAGACACUUGACUACGAGCAGCUUUGGUUCUGCUUACAGGACCUCCUCAUUCCUUCGUGGCCUGGAAAUCGCACGGUCUUCAAUGGCCAUCCCAUCGGAGACGCUUGGCCUCUCGAACUACUCUCCGACAUCGCCGAUAGCAAGGGCGACAAAGUCCCCAAGAACAAAAUUCAGCCUUUCCAUAAGCUUACACAGUGGUUGGCCUAUUCACUCUCCGUCAUCUUUGAGAGACAGCUAGGCUUCACCUGGAAGAACAUGCAUCUCGGAACCGGACUGCCCGAAUACCGGAACGGUGGAUUGUUCGUUGAUCUUGGAGUAUUGAAGCUGAAGCCGGACGACUUGAAGGCUGGAAAGGAAAGCUCGGGACAAGAGCUUCCGCAGUUCGAAGCCUCUGACGAUGUAAUCGUUGAAUGGCGUGCUCUGACUGUCGCACUGCUCGAUGAGCUGCACAAGAUGCUCAAGGAGAAGUACGAACCUCGCGGAGUCAGUCUGAGUCUUCUCCAGAUGCUGGAGGCGGGGAGUUGGAAGUCUGGACGGCUUUUGGCUGCGGAGCUGCGGCCUGAGACUAAGUGCAGUCCGAUUCUGGUCAUUAGUGAUGGCACGCUGUACUAGUGGCGACCACCCAAGGACAAUCCAUAGGACUCCAUGGUAAACAAAAGGGGUUCUCAUGCGAUACAGGCCAAUGAUUUAUGCCGAAGGUUCUGGCAAAUCGGUGCGGAGAGGGCCGUCGGACGUUGCUGAGACCCACAGGAAUAAGAAGCAACAAGACGAAGUCAUUCCAUGCUUGUAAAUACGGCAAGGGAUACAAGACCACUCUGACUCCUCUAUGUACUGAAUAACUAAAUGCAAGUGUGAAGGCUAUUGUGGUGAAAGCUGGGGUUUGCCAGGUUAAUGUAAGACGUAACCACCUUCAAUGAUCCUCUGAAGAUUUUCUGAUGAGGGAACGUUUCUUGAACUAAAUACACGUAAUAGGUCCUGAGUUUCAUAGC